AUGAGCAUCAGUGGAGAAACAUUGUAUAUUGGCUUUCAUCAAGUCAUGUUCUUGAUUACAGGCCUUUGCACUACGUUAGGAACCCAGUGGCUGUUCUAUCAUGGCGCUGCGACCGGCGAUAGUUAUCUAGCUCAAUUAGCGCAAUAUCUUGGCAUGGUGUUGGUCGGCCUCAUCAUCCCAGUUCUGCUUAGAAAUAAGCAAAAGAAAUACAGCAUAAUCAAUCAAGAGGAGCAUGACCACGACAUUGAUAUGGUACAACUCAAUCAUCCUACCCAAGAUGAACAUAUACCCACUACAGCUAUAUCCCAAUACGAAGAAGGUCCUAUUCCACACAAAUCAGUCAUCAAAUUAGCUGUGCUCGAUGUAUUUGCCAACUUUUGCGUGACAGUUGGAUUUGCCAUCGUUGGCAGUGGCAUGUACCAGGUUAUCUAUAGCAGUGUGGUUAUUUGGUGUGCUCUUUUGACGUGGCUAUUCAUGAAACGAACACUGUCCACAAUGCAAUGGAUUGCUAUUUUCGGUACAAGCGCUGGAUUAGCCAUUAGUUCUAUGGACAACUUUACCUCCUCAGCAGAGGUAGAUGCACAAUCAGCAGCAAAGACAACCAUACUCAUGUUUGGCACAUUGAUGACAUUGGGAGGCACAUUCUUUUACUCUUGCGUCUACGUUUAUUCGGAUUAUAUCAUGAGCCAGCAAAAGCCGCCACCACUGCCUGCUAGAAUUUGCUUCUACUCUGGUAUUUAUACAUCGAUUAUCUCACUCGUUUGGAUUAGUUUGUACACACUACCUCGAUUCGACCAGCUGAUCCACCUCAAGGAAGGAACCACCAUGGAUUCAGUUUGGUUUAUAUACUUACUUGUCGUUGUAGCUAAUGCUUCUCAUUCAUGGAACUAUUAUGAGCUCAUUGAUAGAACAGGAAGCGUUGCUACUGGUAUAUUGCAAGGCUUGAGAGCUGUGUUGAUUUACAUUAUCAGCGAUGCUUGGUAUUGUGAAUCAGACUCUGCUCAGUGCUUUACUGCAUUUAAGGGUGUGGGAUCAUUGCUGGUAAUUGGGUGUGUAUUGCUAUUCACGAUUGGACGUAGUGCAUCUGCUGAAAAGAAAUUUGGUUGA